AUGGCUUGUGAACCCAACCACGCCCGUUUGCUGUGCAUGCUGUCGUUAACGUUCAGUUUUUUCGUGGUCGAGGUGGUAGUGAGCCAGCUCACGUCAUCACUUGCGAUGCGCUUGGACUCUUUCUACAUGCUGUUGGAUGUGAUGGCGCUGAUCGUGGCGCUAGUGGCGGUGUGUUUUGCCGAGCGCACGCAGUCCACCAAGAAGAACACGUUCGGCUGGAUCCGCGCCGAGGUGAUGGGCGCCCUCAUCAAUGCUGUGCUCCUCACUGCGCUCUGCUUCACUAUUGUGCUCAAGGCUAUCGAGCACUUCACUGAGCUGCACGAGAUUGAGAACCCAAUCGUGGUGAUCACCGUCGGGGUCGCGGGGCUCGUGGUGAACCUGCUGGGGCUGUGUCUUUUCCACAGCCAUGGCAAGAUGAAGCAUGCCAAGAGGAACACAAGCAAGAGCGAGACGUCCACUCACUGCAGAUCUGCUGGAGAGGAGACCAACAACCUGGUCACCAGAGGUCACGGGAGGAACAGCCCGAACGGCAUGAACCCCGACAGCAGGGGAGCAGCUGAGUUAUCAACUGUGCAGCUGAAUGACGAGCUGACUCACGAGCAUGACCUUGAGCAGGAGAAUGAUGCGUCCUCAGCGUCCCAGCUGAACAUGCGUGGUGUUUUCCUUUAUGUUCUGGGUGAUGCUCUUGGCUCCGUCAUUGUCGUGGUCAGCUCUAUCAUCUUCACCUUUGUAUGGCGCCCAUGUGAGCCCGGUGUUCCCUGCAAGAACCCGUGUGUUGCCAACACACACUGCAGUGGCCACUAUCACCUUAACCACACGCUUGUGGGGUUUGGCGAGGAAGAGCUAAACAACAUGAGCACCCCAUUCUCCAUAGCUGGGCCCUGCUGGGUGCUGUACCUGGACCCAACUCUGUGCCUCAUCAUGGUUUGCAUUCUUCUGUACAUGACGUACCCACUCCUGAAGGAGUCAGCGCUUAUCCUGCUGCAGACUGUCCCCAAACAGUUCGAUGUGAGUCUCCUAAGCACUCGUCUGCGCCAGAUCAAUGGUGUUCUGGCUGUGCACGAGCUACACAUCUGGCAGCUCGCCGGGAGUCGCUUCAUCGCCACGGCACACAUCAAAUGCCGAGACCCCGCCUCUUACAUGAGUGUGGCCAAGCGCAUGAAGGCCUUCUUUCAUGAUGAAGGCAUCCACGCCACCACCAUCCAGCCUGAAUUUGUCAUGGUGAGCUCCGAGUUGCACGCCUCACUCUGUGAGCUCUCCUGCCGCACGCAGUGUGCCACUAAACUCUGCUGUCAAAAUGCCAAAGCCGCUGACAACAAAAACACAGGUAUGGAGAGCGAGAGUGAAGCUGAACCCCCUGGCUCCACCACUCUAGAGGUCAUUAGUGAGUCUCUGGAAAGCGAGCCUCAAGUUCAAGUGGCUUCAAAGGACGUGGCCAUCACCAGUGAGGUGGAGUCAUCUUUAUAAGGACGAAUGAAUACAAAGAAUACAUUAAUAAAGACACCAGAAAACAUAAAUCUAUCCAAAAGGUCCUGUACAGUUGAUGAAUUCGAAAAUCAGAGCCAUUUGAGACAAAGAAGGAUGCACCGAUUCAAUACUGAGCAUGUAAUGGAAUUUGUGCAUUUAAAUCGCAAAGCAGGAAGAAAGGGAGGAGAAAAGUGAAGCCGAGAAGUGUUGCAGAAUCAGAAGAAGGGCUUUUAGGAGACUUUGUGAAGACAGUGAGUGGAAGCUUGUGGAGAUCAGGGAUCGACUGCAAAGAGCUCCAUUAUCACAAGCGAAUCUUAGGCUGAUGAAGGAAAUUGAAGCUUUGUCUGCUUGACUGUAUUCUGUGAACUUUGUGUGUCAUACUGAAACCUCUGUGGGGUUAGGGAAUCCCUCUGCACUUGCUGCUUCAGCUGAUUAGAGACCGGAGUGUUUCAGAUAACAAAGUUAUCUCUUGCAUGUGUAAACAAACUGUGGGAUUAUGAGUAAAGAAAUAUAUUUAGCAUGUAUUGCAG